UUUUUUGCCAAUAGCAGCUUUUUUUACCCCUCCGAACGAACUCGCGACUCGGAGACAAAAAACCAUUUCGAGGCAGAGACGGUGGCUCAGAAAAAAAUUGGAGUCCUCUCUCUCUCAUUUUCAAUUCCCUAUAUCUUCUUCAAUCGCCAUUUAUCCUUGUCGUUGUCUUCUUUUGAUCUUUUAUUCUAAUUUAUAAACUUUUUGAUCGAUUGUAUCUUCUGAUUAUUAUUUUUUUAUUGAUUUGCGACUUUUUUUUUCCUCUUCGAUUUCUUCUUCUUUCUUCAUCGUUUUUUCUCAAAUUUAUUGUUUGCAUGUUUUGAUUCCCAAACGAAGUCCUUGUAUUAUCAACUUGAUUGAUUGAUAUGCAUGGAGGACUGGUUUUGAUUUUGAUUUUGUGAUUUGAUGGAUCUGAUAAUUAGAAUUCUGCUGUUAUGACUGUUAGAAAUAUUUGGUGAAUGAGGAUGGGAUUGGAAUCUUCUGGUGAAUUCCUUGAAUUUGCCGGAAGUCUAAUGCAUCCGAUUGGGUGGCAAUCGAAUCGCUGAAUCUGUGGAUUUGCACUUCAAUAUAUAUAUAUAUAUAUAUAUAGAUACACACAAACGCACAAUAUAUAUAUACAGUCUUGUAUAGAGGCUUGGGAUUGUGGUGGUUCAUGGAUGAGGUCAGUACUAGUAAGCAAGGUGAAUCUGAACUCUCAGAGUUGGCAGUGGAUGAGUCCUUGUUAUCAUCCUCCUCUGGGUCGAUGACGGCACCAUGGCGUCCGAGUCAGCUCGUCUUCUCUUCUUAUUCUCCGGUGAAUGAUCCUGUUGCCAAGCCCCAAUCGUUGCGCGUUGUUGUUAGAAGACCUUUGGUGGCUAGGUUAACUAAGGACAUCAUUCAGACGUACCAAAUAUGCAACCCACAAUUCUCUUAUUCAGAAGAACUAAAUCCAAAGCGGUUCCUGACAAGCCCAUCUAUUGGAGUGCUCAAUGAUGGCCAUGAUAAUGCAAAUUCAGAUCUUAUUCUCACUGUGAAUUUUGUCUUGAUUAACUUAGACACGCAACAGCGAAGAUACAUUGUCAAAGAUAUACUUGGCCAUGGGACAUUUGGGCAGGUAGCUAAAUGCUGGGAUACAGAAACAAACAGCUUCGUUGCUGUGAAGAUUAUUAAAAAUCAACCUGCAUACUAUCAACAGGCGCUGGUAGAAGUUUCAAUUUUGACCAUGUUAAAUAAGAAGUUUGAUCCUGAGAAUAGACAUCACAUUGUUCGCAUCAAAGAUUACUUCGUGUACCAACGCCAUUUGUGCAUUUCCUUUGAAUUGCUUGACACUAAUCUGUACGAGCUUAUCAAGAUAAAUCAUUUCAGGGGAUUAUCAUUGAGCAUUGUCCAGUUGUUCUCAAAACAGAUUUUACGAGGAUUGGCUCUAAUGAAAGAUGCUGGUAUAAUUCAUUGUGAUCUAAAACCAGAAAACAUUCUUCUAUGCACAAGUGCAAAGCCACCAGCAAUCAAAAUUAUUGACUUUGGAUCAGCAUGCAUGGAGGAUAGGACUGUUUACUCCUAUAUUCAGAGUCGUUACUAUAGAUCACCUGAAGUUCUUCUUGGGUAUCAGUAUACUACUGCUAUUGACAUGUGGUCUUUUGGAUGCAUAGUUGCUGAAUUGUUCUUGGGGCUGCCACUGUUCCCUGGAGCAUCUGAAUUUGAUCUUUUGAAGCGGAUGAUAAAAAUACUUGGGGAACAACCUCCUGAUUAUGUACUAAAGGAGGCUAAAAACACAAGCAAGUUUUUCAAGUGUGUCGGGAACAUCAAUUCUGAAGAGAGUGGUCAAGUUUUUAUGGGCAGAAGAAGUGCUUACGAAGCAUUAACAGAAGAAGAAUAUGAAGCUAGGGAGUUGAAAAAGCCAUCAAUUGGAAAAGAGUAUUUUAAUCAUAUGAACCUUGAAGCAAUUGUUACAAAAUACCCUUACAGAAAAAACUUGCCCGAAGAAGACGUAAUUAAAGAGAGUCAAAUACGAUUAGCACUGAUUGAUUUCUUAAGGGGACUUGUUGAGUUUGAUCCAUCAAAGCGGUGGUCGCCUUUGCAGGCUUCAAAACACCCUUUUGUGACUGGGGAACCUUUUACAUGCCCUUUUAAACCUCCUCCAGAAACACCUCGCAUGCCUGUUUCUCAAAAUAUCAAGGUGGAUCAUCACCCAGCUGGAGGACAUUGGUUUGCUGCUGGCCUUUCUCCUAAUAUCCCUGGCAGGAAUAGAAUUGCAGUACCUAACAGCCCCCAUUUUCAAGUGGUGCCAUAUGCACAUGCCGGUAGUUAUGGAAGUUUAGGAAGCCAUGGUAGUUAUAAUGAAAGUACUGGUCUUGGAAGUAGUUAUGGGAGCUAUGGAGACAAUAGUAAUAUGCUCGCAUAUUACUCGCCUGUUGGUCCAUCUGGGAUGAACAUUCAUGUGCAGAGCGGUUUGUCAAUACUUGGAACUAGUCCUGAUGCAAGGCGGAGGAUUAUGCAACUGCCACAUGGAAAUAGCCUUGGUGUCAGUCCAUCAGCUGGAAAUUUUGCUCCAAUGUCGCUUGGCACCAGUCCCUCACAAUUUACUCCUCCAAGCUCCUAUGGUCAACUUUCAGCUGCUUCUCCUGGACAUUAUGGUGCAACCUCCCCGGCAAGAGGCAGUUGUCAUGGAUCUCCUUUAGGAAAAUCCGCUGCAGCCAGCCAGUUUAACAGAAGGAAAAGUUGGGGAUAUUCUGGAAGUUUGCAAUCUCAAGAGGUUUCAUCUCCUCUUUGGCAAGGCCAACUUCCUGAUGGUACCAACUGCAGCCAAGUUGAAGGAAACUCUCCACUACUUGGUGGUUCUCCAUUGCAUCUGCAGGCAAAUUCACAUGCAGCAAGCUGGAAACAGCAACAUGGAGGCGGUGGGAUCACUGCCACUCAUAACAUCCCGGGUUCAUUGUCAGUUGGUUCCGGUAUGCAUUUCCCACAAUCCAUGGGGACUGCUCAUGACAAGGCUGAGGCUAGUCUCUCAUCGCCUGAUCCUGGAGAUUGGGAUCCCAACUAUAGUGAAGAACUUCUUUUGCAAGAAGAUGGUUCGGAUGUGAGCUGCAUGACCACUGAGUUCAGCAAAGGGAUGCAUCUCGGUCAAGCUUUGGUUCCUACGGAUCCAUUGGUUGGUUUCAAAAGAUAUAAUCAUUUUUCAAGCACAAGUUCAAAUAUAUCGGUGCAAAGAGCUAGUGAGCCAAUUCAAGCAUUUUCGCGUGGGGAGAUGGGAAGCCCUGCAGGCUACGAUCUGCAUGGUGGGUAUGCCCGUCCUAUGACAAAGUCUUCGCAUAUCAUGCCUCAUUUCUCACAAAAUUCUCCUAGUCGUUUGGGGCAGCAUCCUAUUCAGCGGUCCAAUCACGGAAGAUCAGCAGCUGUUCGUGGCAAUGAAUGGAGUCAUAAUAAGGUCCAACCCUCUCCUUCCAGCUUUACUUCUGGGGGUCCUCGAUCUCCUGGAAGUAGCUCAUUCAGCACUGGCAUACCAUGGGGGAAUAGGGGCAACCAUCCCGUCGCCAAAAUUCUGCCAGCAUCCCGUGGAAGAAAAGACUAUGGAAGAAUUGUCUAAUUCUGGAAGUACCGCGAGGGUUAUGUAUUCUACUGCAUGGGUUAUGUAUUGAGAUUUUGAGACUGGGCAAGAAAUGUUGUAUUCUGUAGUUCCACCUGUCUUGUGGGCUCAUGUUCUUGAAUCCCCUUAUUCAAACCCUGCUCAUUCAUUGUGCUUGCAUAAGUAUAAUUUAUAAUUAGAGCUUCCAUUUUUUGGUCA